GCCGCGGUGCAUUCUGGGUCCUGGCAAUAUGGCGUCCUCCUUGAUGUGCUGAUGAGAUGAGUUUCCCUGUAGCUCCAAACCAGAGGGCAAAGCUCCCCUGACCCAGUAAGCCCUCAUUGUCCGUUUUCUCCGUGGUUCCGUGUCGCCCGUUUCUCAGGACUCGUUCUCAGGCAGGGGAGAGCCUCGGGGCUGAAAGCCAGGACCAGCCAGGCCGCGCGGACCUGAGGUUGAGGAACCGGGUGCGGGCGAGCACGAUGGGCCGGUCCUGGCUCUGGUUGCGGCAGCUCAGACGAGUGCGGGACCCGCAGGGCUGAGAGUGGCUGGAGGAGACCCUGGGCCCUUUGAACCCGAUCCCUUGGCUGGAGACCUCGGCCCAGUGGGCGAACCGGCACCAAGAGCGGCCUGCCUGUCCUCGGAACUGCUGAGGCGUUGGAGGCCGAGAGCAGGGUCAUCGUGAGGCCUGAAGUCUCUUACGCUUUUGACAGCUCCGCUUGCAGCCCCUCUGGAAACGUGCAGCCCCAGGAGCAGCCAGUGGCUUGAGACUUGGGCUGGUGUGUCUGCGGAGCUUCUUGGGCUGCCCCAUUUCCUAGCGGCCCCCACCUCCCCACUUCCCGCCCAGAGUUAGCGAUAAGGAUCUCAGACUUUUUGCCUGAGUAGGGGUCUCUGCACUCUCCAUCCAUUUGUUUUUCGAUUUCCCGUUUUUCUGUUACUUAUUUCACCAAUUCUGGUACACGCUAGUUUUUAAGGCUGGAGGUUCUUGAGCGCUUGCUGCCAAGGACUCCCCCACCCCCUCCCCCACUGAUGGAGUCCGAAAUGCUGCAGUCGCCUCUUCUGGGCCUGGGGGAGGAAGAUGAGGCUGAUCUUACAGACUGGAACCUACCUUUGGCUUUUAUGAAAAAGAGGCACUGUGAGAAAAUUGAAGGCUCCAAAUCCUUAGCUCAGAGCUGGAGGAUGAAGGAUCGGAUGAAGACAGUCAGUGUUGCCUUAGUUUUGUGCCUGAAUGUUGGUGUGGACCCUCCCGAUGUGGUGAAGACCACGCCCUGUGCGCGCUUGGAAUGCUGGAUUGAUCCUCUGUCGAUGGGUCCUCAGAAAGCUCUGGAAACCAUCGGUGCAAAUUUACAGAAGCAGUACGAGAACUGGCAGCCAAGGGCCCGGUACAAGCAGAGCCUUGACCCGACUGUGGAUGAAGUCAAGAAGCUCUGCACGUCCCUACGUCGCAACGCCAAAGAGGAGCGAGUCCUCUUUCACUACAAUGGCCACGGGGUGCCCCGGCCCACAGUGAACGGGGAGGUCUGGGUCUUCAACAAGAACUACACGCAGUACAUCCCUCUGUCCAUAUAUGACCUGCAGACAUGGAUGGGCAGCCCGUCGAUCUUCGUCUAUGACUGCUCCAACGCUGGCUUGAUCGUCAAGUCCUUCAAGCAGUUCGCACUACAGCGGGAGCAGGAGCUGGAGGUAGCUGCAAUCAACCCAAAUCACCCUCUUGCUCAGAUGCCUUUGCCUCCAUCAAUGAAAAACUGCAUCCAGCUGGCAGCCUGCGAGGCCACCGAGCUGCUGCCCAUGAUCCCUGACCUCCCGGCUGACCUGUUCACCUCCUGCCUCACCACGCCCAUCAAGAUCGCCCUGCGCUGGUUUUGCAUGCAGAAAUGUGUCAGUCUGGUGCCUGGCGUCACACUGGAUUUGAUAGAAAAGAUCCCUGGCCGCCUGAACGACAGGAGGACGCCCCUGGGUGAGCUGAACUGGAUCUUCACAGCCAUCACAGACACCAUCGCGUGGAACGUGCUCCCUCGGGAUCUCUUCCAAAAGCUCUUCAGACAGGACUUACUGGUGGCUAGUCUGUUUCGAAAUUUUUUAUUGGCGGAAAGGAUUAUGAGGUCGUACAACUGCACUCCCGUCAGCAGCCCGCGUCUGCCGCCCACGUACAUGCAUGCGAUGUGGCAAGCCUGGGACCUGGCUGUUGACAUCUGUCUGUCUCAGCUGCCGACGAUCAUCGAGGAAGGCACUGCGUUUCGGCACAGCCCGUUCUUCGCCGAGCAGCUGACCGCUUUCCAGGUGUGGCUCACCAUGGGCGUGGAGAACCGGAACCCACCGGAACAGCUGCCCAUCGUCCUGCAGGUGCUGUUAAGCCAAGUGCACCGGCUGAGAGCAUUGGACUUGCUUGGAAGAUUUUUGGACCUGGGUCCCUGGGCAGUGAGCCUGGCCUUGUCUGUCGGCAUCUUCCCCUAUGUGCUGAAGCUGCUCCAGAGCUCGGCCCGAGAGCUGCGGCCACUUCUCGUUUUCAUCUGGGCCAAGAUCCUCGCAGUGGACAGCUCGUGCCAGGCGGACCUCGUGAAGGACAACGGCCACAAGUACUUCCUGUCGGUCCUGGCGGACCCCUACAUGCCAACUAGCAAGCACUGGCACAUCUCUAAUGUGAUGGUUCCGGCACCUAGGAAGGUCUUGGAACACAACAAGAUAUCGAAGCACCUCGUUUCAGGAAGGAAGGGAGAGAGGAAAGCCGAACACAGGACCAUGACGGCUUUCAUUCUCGCCGUGAUCGUCAACAGCUAUAACACGGGGCAGGAAGCCUGCCUUCAGGGAAACCUCAUUGCCAUCUGCCUGGAGCAGCUCAACGACCCGCACCCCUUGCUGCGCCAGUGGGUGGCCAUCUGCCUCGGCAGGAUCUGGCAGAACUUCGACUCGGCGAGGUGGUGCGGCGUGAGGGACAGCGCUCAUGAGAAGCUCUACAGCCUCCUCUCCGACCCCAUUCCCGAGGUCCGCUGCGCGGCGGUCUUCGCCCUUGGCACGUUCGUGGGCAACUCUGCAGAGAGAACGGACCACUCCACCACCAUUGACCACAACGUGGCCAUGAUGCUGGCCCAGCUGGUCAGCGACGGGAGCCCCAUGGUCCGGAAGGAGCUGGUGGUGGCUCUGAGUCAUCUCGUGGUUCAGUACGAAAGCAAUUUCUGCACCGUGGCCCUGCAGUUUAUAGAAGAGGAAAAGAACUACCCCUUGCCUUCUCCAGCGACCACAGAGGGAGGGAGUCUGACCCCAGUGCGAGACAGCCCGUGCACCCCCAGACUUCGUUCCGUGAGCUCCUACGGAAACAUCCGUGCUGUCGCCACAGCCAGGAGCCUCAACAAAUCUUUGCAGAACCUGAGCUUGACAGAGGAAUCCGGUGGCGCGGUGGCGUUCUCCCCUGGAAACCUCAGCACCAGCAGCAGUGCCAGCAGUACCCUGGGCAGCCCCGAGAAUGAGGAGCACAUCCUGUCCUUCGAGACCAUCGACAAGAUGCGCCGCGCCAGCUCCUACUCCUCCCUCAACUCCCUCAUCGGAGUUUCCUUUAAUAGCGUUUACACUCAGAUUUGGAGAGUCCUGCUGCACCUGGCUGCUGACCCCUAUCCAGAGGUCUCAGACGUGGCCAUGAAAGUCCUCAACAGCAUCGCCUACAAGGCCACCGUGAAUGCCCGGCCGCAGCGCGUCCUGGACACCUCCUCCCUCACACAGUCGGCCCCUGCCAGCCCCACCAACAAGGGUGUGCACAUCCACCAGGCGGGGGGCUCCCCUCCAGCGUCCAGCACCAGCAGCUCCAGCCUGACCAACGACGUGGCCAAGCAGCCAGUCAGUCGAGACCUGCCUUCUGGCCGGCCGGGCACCACAGGCCCUGCAGGGGCACAGUACACCCCUCACUCCCACCAGUUCCCCCGGACACGGAAGAUGUUCGACAAGGGCCCAGAGCAGACUGCAGACGACGCAGACGAUGCUGCUGGACACAAAAGCUUCAUCUCCGCCACGGUGCAGACGGGGUUCUGCGACUGGAGUGCCCGCUAUUUCGCCCAGCCCGUCAUGAAGAUCCCAGAAGAGCACGACCUGGAGAGUCAGAUCCGCAAGGAGCGGGAGUGGCGGUUCCUGCGAAACAGCCGCGUCAGGAGGCAGGCCCAGCAAGUCAUCCAGAAGGGCAUUACGAGAUUGGACGACCAGAUAUUUCUGAACAGGAAUCCCGGCGUCCCCUCUGUGGUGAAGUUCCACCCCUUCACACCGUGCAUCGCCGUAGCCGACAAGGACAGCAUCUGCUUUUGGGACUGGGAGAAAGGGGAGAAACUGGACUAUUUCCACAAUGGGAACCCUCGGUACACAAGGGUCACUGCCAUGGAGUAUCUGAACGGUCAGGACUGCUCACUCCUGCUGACGGCCACAGACGACGGUGCCAUCAGGGUCUGGAAGAAUUUUGCUGAUUUGGAAAAGAACCCAGAGAUGGUGACCGCGUGGCAGGGGCUCUCGGACAUGCUGCCAACAACACGAGGAGCUGGGAUGGUGGUGGACUGGGAGCAGGAGACCGGUCUCCUCAUGAGCUCGGGGGACGUGCGGAUCGUCCGGAUCUGGGACACAGACCGUGAGAUGAAGGUGCAGGACAUCCCCACGGGAGCAGACAGCUGCGUGACGAGUCUGUCCUGUGAUUCCCACCGCUCACUCAUCGUGGCUGGCCUCGGUGAUGGCUCCAUCCGCGUCUAUGACAGAAGGAUGGCACUCAGCGAAUGCCGCGUCAUGACGUACCGGGAGCACACAGCCUGGGUGGUGAAGGCCUCCCUGCAGAAGCGCCCCGACGGCCACAUCGUGAGCGUGAGCGUCAACGGAGACGUGCGCAUCUUUGAUCCCCGGAUGCCCGAGUCAGUGAAUGUGCUUCAGAUCGUGAAGGGGCUGACAGCCCUGGACAUCCACCCCCAGGCGGACCUGAUCGCAUGUGGCUCCGUCAAUCAGUUCACCGCCAUCUACAAUGGGGGCGGCGAGCUGAUCAACAACAUCAAGUACUACGACGGCUUCAUGGGCCAGCGGGUCGGCGCCAUCAGCUGCCUGGCCUUCCACCCACACUGGCCUCACCUGGCCGUGGGAAGCAACGACUACUACAUCUCCGUGUACUCGGUGGAGAAGCGCGUCAGAUAGCGGCGCGACCCGGGCCACCAGGCCACGGCCGCCUGCUGUACAUAGUGAAGCUGCCACUUGCCGGGGCGCGGGAUGUCGGCUGCUGCGGCCCCACAGUGUGAACGUUGGCUGCUGCCUUAGCUGCUGAUGACGGCAGGAGGGCCCUGCUACUCGCUUUUGUCUGUCUUCGCUGUCGUGUCCGGAACGUCAGGGAUGGGGAGGGCUUGGGUUGACAGUGGCUUCCCACUGAGCACCAGCAUCCAGGUGCACCCCCGCGGCCGCAGCGCCUCUGUCCCUCUCCUGUUCUGUUUCUCCGAGACGUUGAAAGGGGCAACACCUCAUUUUAUUUCCAUGUAAUCAGAGCAUUAGCUGCAGCAAAACCCCCAGAGCGAGCCCUGGAGGAGAGGCAGGCGCUGGGGCUCCUGCGGGUCCCUGGAGCAGCCGUCCCCAUCAGGCCAAGAGCGAGCGAGAGGUGCUGCCCAGCCAGGCCCACCGCCUCUCACAGUCAGUGCACGCAAGCAGGGACAUUUCCUAGCCGGCUGGGGCACACUGGAAAUUCGGGAAACCAAGAGAGGGGAAGAAGGAGACGCCCCUCUAGCUGGCGGUAUGAAGAAAGCCGCCCGGGGGGCCGGGCUGUCCUUGGCUGCUGGCCACAUCACUGAACGGGAGGAGCGCAGCGCCUCCUCCACAGCCCACCCUUCCUGCACCUCCAGGUCUCUAGACUCUAGUUUUGGCCCUUCUCACGCAGUGCUGUCAGCAGGGGCCUCAGUGGCCACGCACAGGAGAGGCAGGUCCUUGGCAGUGUAGCCCCUGCCUUAAUCCACAGGGCUCCUUUCCCUCCGAAGGGCUGCUCUUCCCCGCGUGCGCAGGGACGGUGGCCCGGCCUGUGGUCUCCGUGCCUGUGCCCGCACACGGGUGUAGCACACGCAUGUGCGGGCACCACGGCUGGCACCCUGGGGGCACAGAUGCAGGCGGCGUGGUCUCCCUGCUCUGUCCGCACACGUUCAUCACACACAGGUGAGAGGCACUGCUGGGUCCUAGACGGCUCUGGGUGACACCAGCCCCAUCUCCAGCCCUGAGUCGCCCAUGCUGAUGCCACCUUGGCUUGCAGCUGGGCCUGUGGUGCCGACAGGAGCUGUGUGGACAGUCCCACCCAGGAGGGGCCUCAGGGUAUGUGUGAGCAGUUUUGCAAACAGAACACAACCGCAAUGAUGGUAUUUUGAAAAGCAUUUUUUCCAUGUUCGUCGGGAAUCAGGAUUAUCGAGAGGUGGAGGAACCAAGUGGCUUCACUGUGGCGGUAAGAGGCCCACGACCACGGGAGUGAGAGCGGGUGCGGCGAGGCCCGGCUCCCCUGUGGUGUGACUGGCGUCCUGCCGUGGCCAAUAUUCUGGGUGGAUGGAACCGUGCCUGGCUGCGUUUGGUCAUAGAAACACCUGGUCUUCAGGGGGCUGAGCUGGAGUCUGAGCUGGGGCUGGCCGGGACAUGACAAGGUGGGACAGAGGCGGCCGCUCCGCUGCUCUUUUUUGGAAUGCGAGCUCCCACCAGAAGAAGGUUCCGGCACGAAUCCCAUCCCCACGUCUGGGCCGAGCGAGCAGACCAGGUCCGGAAGGUGUAGAGAGCCCCAACCCCCACAAGUCCCGGCCUCACUCAGCUCACAGGGCAUGCCAGGCGGCAACACCAGAAUCUUCCAGAAGCCCAGCUCCACCCGCACACACAGCUUCCCAUCCAGUCCUUCAACUCGAUUCUUACCUAACACGCAUUUCUGUUUGUUUUGAGACAAAACCACUACCUGUCAAAAGGCAGGUGGCUCCAGAGGGGACGAGACCCUCCUGCGCCCGCUCCGCCCUGGAGCCGCCCCCACGGGCUCCGCGUGCCACCUGCACGUGGGCUGUCUUCACAGGUCUGAUGCGGAAAUUCAAUCACGACGUCAACCAGGGCUUGAGAGCGCGCCAGCCUAAAGGCUCCUUAUCUCUAUUUAUUUUACCCAAUGCUAAUUGAGAAAGACUUUGACAAAACACAAAAUGGCAAUGUGAAGCUAAGAGCAGGACAAACAGUAAACAACACGCGCAGACUCUG